UGGUACAAAUAGAACUCCAUUUUUGUUACCGUUUUUCAUCACCUCUCUAUUGAGGCACCAAUCAUGCUGAUCCAAUACUCAAAGGUAGACCUAGACAGAUUGGUAAAUGAAGAAUCAACACUCGGACUACAGUGGACUGUAACCACUGUUCCUAUGAUGGCAAGGAACCAUCUUUGCCAGUUCACAAUUUAAUUCAAUUCACUGUGCCAUUCAAAGGCUACUGCUGGCAGCUACUGGCAACUUUUAAGGUGGAAUGUUUUCUUGCCUGUUACUCAAUGCAUGAGUUGACAUUUUGAACCAAUUAACACACCUUAAAUGUCAAUAUGAUAAUGCUGACCAGUCCAUUUGUUUUUAUAGGCUCUCUUGCAUGACAUGCUUUAGAAAUGAUUGAAUCCUUAAGCAAAAAAUAUGAAUGUCAGUCGGUUUUUGCGAACUGUAAAUAUUCUAUUUCCUCACUGGGAGAAAAAAAAAUGUCAGAGCAUCUUUCCUGUGCACUCCAGCAGUGCUACACCCCUGCUCUUAACACACCAGCUGCCUCCUUUUUGUUCUGAAAAUCGCCGAUCAGCAAGGAUGUUCCUCUGCAUCAUUGGUGUAGACGAAAUACAGUGAGAGCUGGAUGGAGCGAUGAUGAAGCUAUUACCAUCUAGAAACAACCUUGUUUACAUGUUAAGAACACUGUCUGCAGCGGAAAUGCGAAGACAGAUCUAGGGUUUAGGUACAUGUCCAUGUAGGUAUAGUUCCAAAGGUACUAUAUCAAAAGUGUUUGGUGGAAAUGCUACUACUAAGCAUAGAUCAUUACUUUCUGAUAACAGUCAAUAAUUGUGGGAAAAUAUUUGACUUGUCCAUGGCCUCUAUUUAAUAUGUUUUAUGUUUUUAUUAUGGAUCCCCAUUAGUCUUCCCAAAGUGAAGACUAUUCUUCCUGGGGUCCAGACACUCAUAUAUACAGUACAAUCAAAAUAAAAACUUAAUACAAUGAAACAAUGAAGUAUGAGGUCAAUGACAUGUCAAAAUAUAUUUAAUUUAGCGACUUAAUCAUAUACUCUUAAAGUUGUAUAGCCAGAGCUGUCACAGAUAUUAUUUGUGCUCUGUUUUUAUAUAAGGCACACAAGAUCCAUAGUAAAGGUUUCCAUUGAUCGUGAAAAAGCCAAGUCAGUGUGUGUAGGAUUUGACUAUAUCCAACUUUGGUGACUCCUGGUGGCAGCAUCAGAAAAGACACUGGCAGGUAGCACUGCUCACUGUCGACCCACAAUGUGUCUGACCUUUAGGCACUUUAGGCACUAAUGAUGGGCUGAACACAUCAGACUGCACCAGUUUUAAUUAGGGUUGUUGCAUUUUUACAAAUAAAAAUGUAUACCAUCGUGAUGACAAUAAUGCUACUGUAUGUACAGGGGAUUAAAGAGAAGUCAAAGCAUACUACUCAGCAUAAAGUUGAACACUUCCUACAAUGAAUGUCUGAUCUGUAAACUUAAACCCUCCUUGUUUAAACCACAACUAAUCAACGCUGUGUGAAAAUCCUUUAAUGUAAACUGGUGUGUCAAGGUCCUAAAUUUGGUAACAUCAGGACUAGAAACUUCCUUCUAUCGAGCAGUGUCAUGUUGGCCAGCCUAUGUCAGUUUUAGUAGUUCUUUAUGCUGAUUGCACAUCACCAUCACACUGCCUGUUAGAGGAAGGAAACAGGAGGGAGAGAAGUACGCAGAUAAAGGCAAAUAAUGCACAGUGACAUUCAAGUUUGGCUGUUUGUCACAAAUUGGCAAUAGUACACGUUCACACCUUCAUGCCAUGUAACACUUUUAGCAAGAGGUGAGAGAAGACAGCAACAGAUGCUGCUGCUGUUCAAAACAAGUCUUCCACAGUGGACAGAUAAUUGAGCAACGAUUUAAUAGGAGCAAUGGCUUCACUUUUUUACCACCAGUGCACAUGUAAUGAAAGGAAUUUGGAAUUUUCUCGUAAGUCAGAAACUUUUUUUAGCCUUUGUGUAACUGUUUGACACAAGGUGUUUCCAGGGUUACAAGUCAUGCAUUAGUCAUCAUAAACUGUGGUCAUACAGUAUGUAAGCAAAUUGUGGAGCAAUUGGAGAGGCCGCCAGAUUUGUGCUAAGAAUAUCCCAGAGUAUUCAGGAGCUUUCUUUCUUUUUCUUCAACUGAACACUAUACCAGCUGAUUUCACUCAGUAGCCUGUGAAUACUAGUGCAGAGGGACUAAUCAGUGAAAACAGCUGGUGUUUGAUUGGACUGAAAACCUGCUGUGGAGUUCAAGAGGCAGCAUGAAAGAGAAACUCAGAAAGGUUUUUCACUCCUCGCCACACUUGCACAAUCACACACUGAUGGCUCAAACUGAAUGUGUGAGUGCGAUGAGUGUUGAGAAAGAGAGAGCGGUGGAGCAGUGAAUGUGUAUGUGUGUGUGUGUGUGUGUGUGUGAGAGAGUGAGAGAGUCAGAGAGAUGAGUUCCACUCCACCCACAUCCAUCCGUGUCCAAUGUGAGGGGGAGGUGAAACAGUUGAGAGCUUACUGUGCUAUUAACUGGCAUUAUUUAGUUGCCUCAGUCUGGAGAGGAGACUAGUCAGGACUGCUCCCCAUCAGAAUUCCACCCAGUUGGAGCAACAAUGACUUCCCACGUGAAACUGCGGAAGGAGAGGGUCGGCUUGGUGGACUAUGACACACAAAUCAAAGAGAUGCGUUGCCAGCUUGUAGACCAGCUGAAGGUGUUAGAUGUGCAACUUGAGCAGAAGAGCCAGCAGCUGCAGGACCUGACAGACUACUUGCGGCGGCGGGGUGAGAUAGAAAGCGAGUACGCCCGCUCCCUUGAAAAACUUGCUGAAAGGUUCACUUCUAGGAUCAAGAGGAAGGAGCCCAGUAGUAACACGGUGGCCCAGGUCUGGCUGGCUCUGCUGUCCCAGACCCGCCAGGAAAGUAAGGACCACAAUGGACUGAGUGAGCGCUGCAGCAACUUCCUCAUCCAGCCCCUCACACACUGUCUGGAGUACACACAGCGCCUUGCCAAGAAGAGUAAAGACAUCUGCACACAGCUGCAAGAUGGACUACUCAAGGUUACCACGGAGCUACAGACUGCAUGGCGAACGUACUACCAGUACCACUCAGAUUAUGUGUGUGCAGAGGGGAAGCUGAAGGAGGCAGAGAAACAGGAGGAAAAGCAAAGCUCCAAGAAGCUGGAGCGGUUGAUAGAAAAAAGACAGGGUAAGGUCCAAGACAUCUACCUGAAGUGCAGCAAGGCCCGAAACGAUUACCUCCUAAACUUGGCUGCAGCUAAUUCCUCCGUGAAUAAGUACUACCUCCAAGACAUCUCUACUCUCAUAGAUUGUGCAGAUAUAGGGUACCAUCUCUCUGUAAGCCGGGUGAUGCAGGCUUACCUGUCCAGUCGGUGGCGGACCCAGGAGAACCUGAGCACGGGGCUGCAGCAGCUCCAAACCACCGUGUCCGGACUGGACCAGAGCCGUGACAGAGACACGCUCCUGCAGGACCACUAUAACACCUUCUGUAUGCCCUUACGCUUCCCCUACCAGCCCCAUGAUGGAGACCAGGUCUCCGAGGUGAGUGCAGAGGGUGAGAUGAGAUGCGAGCUGGAGACCAGAUUCAAGCAGAUACAAACAAGACUGAAAGCAGUCACUCAGGAAACAGAGGAGGCUGGUAAGAGCAUGUUGGCGACCCAGUCUUCCCUGCUGGAGACUAUUGGCGAUGAUGAUCUGGAUCCCGGCAGUGGCUCUCAGGACGGCAGCACUGAGAACCUGACAGUCAAGCCCAGUGUGGCCCGGCGCAGGGCCAGCAUGCAGGAAAUGGAAAACCUCUACUUCACUAGAGUAAAAGAACACCUUAUUGGCAGCUCUCUGGUAUCUAAACUGCAAGCCAAACAUGACCAGCUGAAGGUGGCUGUGGAAAAAGCAGAAGCAUCAAAUGGACAUCACCCCAGACACAGUGGAAAGUCGAUGCGUAUCAGGAAGAAUCACUCAAGUGCCAAUUUGUUUCACAACCACAAACUUUUCAAAGGAGACAUGCUGUCCUUCAUAAAGGCAUCGGGGCAACAGAUUCCAAUUGUUGUGGAAAGUUGCAUUUGCUUUAUCAACCUCAAUGGUCUCCACCAUGAGGGCAUAUUCAGAGUGCCGGGGUCUCAGGUGGAGGUCAACAAUCUGAGGGAUGCAUUUGAGCGAGGAGAGGACCCCCUGGCUGAGCGCAGUUAUGACAUGGACUCUGUUGCCGGAGUGCUGAAGCUCUACUUCAGAGGUUUGGAGAAUCCCCUCUUCCCCAUCGACAGCACCAGCCAACUCCUGGAGUAUGCACAAAUAAAGAACGAGGCAGAGAGAGCGGCUCAGCUCAAAACGGUCAUCUCCUCCUACCCUGAGCCCAUCAUCAUCGUCAUGAGAUACCUCUUUGCAUUCCUUCAUCACGUGUCUCAGUACAGUGACGAGAACAUGAUGCAGCCUUACAACCUGGCUGUGUGUUUCGGUCCCAGCCUGGUAAGAGGGGCUAAUGAUGAUGAUGUCGUCACCCUGCAGCCUCAGAUCAACGCCCUGGUGAAGGACAUCAUCCUCCAGCAUGAAAGCAUCUUCCCCAGCCAGAGCGAAGUACAGGGACCAGUUUACGAGAAAUGCAUGACACUGGAACAGGAUGACUGUGAGCCUAUCAUUGAAGAGGGAGAUGUGGAAGCAGAGUAUAGCAAAGAUGAGUUUGAGACAGGAUCCUCAGCUGACAGCAACACCAGCUCAUCGGCAGCACCAACACAGAGAAAAGCAGAGCGUCCGAGAGCCAACAGCAGCGGAGCAAUUGACUACAGUAGGCAGACAGCUGGACCAGUUGGGGGCGGCAUCGCUUCAAGUGGAAAGUUAAUGCUCCAGAUACCCGUUGGACCACAGUGCAAGCCACGGCGAGGCCUCUCUCCUGCCUAUUUGCGCAGAGAAAACUCAUCUUCUGAAGAUAUUCCAGUUAAAAUAGACAAGGAGGUCUGUCGCCAGAUGGACUCAGUCUUCAUGGAGCUUCUCUCACGGCAAGCACUGCAGGAUCCCUCCUCCACCACCUCCUCCUCUCCCUCUGCCCAGGGUCCCCAAAGGAAAGGGAAGCGGGAUGGACGCAGGGGGAGAGGAUCAGGGCUCUUCAGAGCAGGAGAUCCACUGGACUGAGAGCUGAUGACAUGAAAAAAAGAGAGAGAUGACACAAAUGAAAACAGAGGUGUGGGGUGAUGUGCUCUGACAGUAGCUUUCAGCAUAUCUAUUUCUGGAAAGCUGAGAUCACUGACCCUUGGUCAUUUCUCUGAGAUCAUUUCCACGGGGUUGCUCCCCACUCAUUCAGAAGCCCUGUCAUUUAUAUUUCAUACAGCAGACUGCAAACCUGCAGAACAAUGUGGAAGCUGCGGAUUACUUGAAAUGCACUGAUGUGUUUGUGUUCAGCUGAACAUUGUUAUGCAACUUAGGACUUUGUAUCUGCAUCUCUGUGUAGGUGUUGAUAUUACAUUACUUCCAGUUUAAGCCAAACUUUCUGAGUUCCAGUCAGCACACGCACUUAGUCAGAGUCACAUUGAUAAGAAAACUGUGAAUACUGUAGCUGUUAUGGAUUUGUACAUAUUAUUUCUAACUAGUUUCACACUUUAUGAUUGAUCUGUAUAUCUAGGCUACAUGCCAAAUAAAUAUUUUGUCUAUUCUAACUGCUUUUUAUUUGUCAUAAAUAUGAGUACUGUAAAAUGUGUAAAUUUAUUUUACAUGAAGCCUUGCUUAUUACAAGUGGGUGUAGGGGCUGAUAUAAAAUAAUUAUCAUUCAAAAUA